UACUGACAUGAAAUUAUAAGACGUUUCUGUAAAAUAAUGUAAAAUCAAAUAAAAAUGGGUAAAGUACCAUCCCUUGUGUACAAGGACUCCGACGAUGAGGGUGUGUACAACAGAGACUCCAAGAAGAAAAAGUCCAAGUCUCUAAAGGAGAGGUUCCGUGGGCGGUCCAAGUCUGAGCCGGACAGGGCGUGGCGCGGCCGGCGUAGCAGCCAUAGCAGCGCUACGAGCCGUAGCAGCUCGCGUAGCACCACACCCACCAGACCGCUACGCGGGAUAUUAAAACAUACGGACCAUGCGUCUUAUUCAUCCGACGAAGAAAGCUCGGAGAGUGUGGAAAAGCUGCCGGCACGCUGCGUGGUGGGGCGAGUCCCCCCCCGCGCGGGCGCCAGGCCCGGCCGCGGCGCGGGACUCGCACUCGUUAUACGACGGAACCCCAUUAAUUUCCCAGCGAAUAGCGCCGGGCGGGACAUGGCUCACAAAUCUUCUUUCAAGCGCCUCGCUCGGAAGCAGUCAUAUUAGCUGUACAAAUAAUUUAUUCAGAAAAUAAAAACCUAUUUAUUA